AUGGUUUCUAGGCUCUUUUUCCGAUUCCUUGCCGUCUGCAUCAUUACGAAGACCGUGGAAUCGGCGUGUUCGGCCAAGUGCAGCCCGCACUUUACAUUGCCUUGUUCAUUCGGAGCGUUUGACCGUUGUCUACUGAAAGAUUGCGAGGCGAAAUGCCGUCGGGACGAAGGGCGAGCGGUUUACGGCUGUUUUUGCCGGGGCUCAAUCGAAGGGCCGACGCUUCGCUCAUGCUUUUGUGGCCCUACCAACCGACACACCGGAGGCAAGCAGCCCACGCACGAUGCCGGCAAAAAGCCGAGUAAGCCGGGCAAGAAGCUGAAGAAGCCG